CUUCAAUAACAACAACACCAAUGACGAAAGUAUUCAUCACUCCAAUAACAACGAAACUAGCGACAAAAAUAUACAUCACACCAAUAAUGAUAACACCAACGUCAAGGAAGUAUAUGUAUUUAAAAUACCAAAACAUAACAAUAUCAGCAAAGUCGAAGAUGAAUAAACAACGACACCAGCAAACCGAUAUGAAUAACUAUACCAAUAAAAAACAAACACCAACAAAGAAUGAAAGUGCCAACAAGAGUGAAAUAACAGCACUUACAACACCGACAAUAGUAUUUCGCGGCUCUAAUAACGACGACACAAUGAAAAUAUACAUCAUACUAAUAACAAUGACACCAAUGGCUCAAAAACGACAACACGACAAUGUGAAUAGCUACACCACUAAAAAACAAACACCAACAAAUGAUGAAAGUGCCAACAAGAGCAAAAUAAAAAAACUAACAACACUGACAAUGGUAUUUCGCGGCUCAAAUAACGAUGACACCAAUGAUGAAGAAAUUCACCACUCAAAAAAUGACAUCAUGCUAAUAACAAUAACACCAAUGGCGAGGGUACUUUUGUAA